CUGCCUUUCGGACAGCUGAACUCUCAGUCCGCACUUCACAGGUAACGCUGUUGCUGGUGGGGGUCCCCGAGUUCGCUCUUACUUCUCCGUUUUCGCCACCUGGUUGUCUUCGCUGCUGUCGUCUAUGGGACGAUGUCGGAUGGCAGUUCGGGGUAACUGGCAUCUGCCGCUUUGGCUGGUUCCGAUCAGAUUUCACAUCAACAUCCAAGUAUCUCAUUCACUAUCAGACUUAUUAA